AUGUCUUCCUCGGUCGAUGGAAUAGUGAAGGAGUUGCGGAAGUUUACGACAUGCGAUAUAUGCGAUGCCCUGAUUAAAAUCAAUUCCAGCAGAGUUAAACAUGGUGGAUUCCUUCCCGGACUUACAAUGUGGUCACCACAGCGGCAGGAGGGAGAGACGAAGAUCGUCGGCCCAGCAUACACAGUCAAAUAUGUGCCUCUGGAUGAUCCAAGACCCAAAUUUCCCUCGCAUUAUAUCGACAGCAUUCCGGAGGGCGCUGUAAUCUUCGUGUCGAGCCCACAAACUCCAAAUGCGGUAUACGGUGGAUUGAUGUCAACUCGCGCCAUUGUGAAUAUGGCAGCUGGGGCUGUCAUUGGUGGCCGAUUUCGCGAUCUGGAGGAGCAGCGAAUGCAAAACUUCCCAGUAUUCGCACGCGAUAUCGGCACGGCACCCCCAUAUGAAACCGUCAAGAUAGUCGCAGUGAAUGAACCUGUCAAAUUCCAGGUGGAUGGACGGGAAGAGAUUGUUGAGCCUGGUGACUAUUUGAUGGCCGAUCUGCAUGGCGUAGUUGUCCUUCCAGCAAGCCUCGCCCAACAAGCAUUACCGCUGAUGGAAAAGCAGGCGAAGGUCGACUCGCAGGUUAGCGCUGCGAUGAAGGUGGGUAUGCCUUUUGAAGAGGCUUGUGAGGAAUUCAGAGGAUAA